ACGACCCCCUUGGAAACCGGUCUGUACAAAAUUUAUUCUGGAGUAAGUAUUGCUUACCGCAAGCUUUACUUUUUGAAUAGGGUAUUAUAUAAACACUGUGGUCUCUAUGGCUUCCUCUUCUUCUUCGAUGGAUCGUCGAAUUUCCCGUAGUUGACAAAGAGGAAGGUAGCGCGGGAAAGGAAAGAAAACCCGUUAAACCGACGCCAUCUUCGAACCGAUCAUCGCUGACCAAGUUCUCUGAUUACAAGGUUGUGUUAAAGAACCUUCUAGGCAAUCAUGAGUCACGCAGAUUCAGGUCCUUUAGCUGCCUAUAACAGCUUACAAGACAAGCAUCUUGCUGGAUAUUUUUCAAAUUCUCGUAUGAAGAAACACUUGCAAAAGUCAGGACUGGUAACCAGAAAGGGCAAGAUCAUUGAUGAAAAAACAUACAGACUGAACAUGGCAAAAAAAGAACACAGAAAGCAUGUUCGCGAUCUCUUAGCAACUGCUAUUGUACACAAGACAUUGGAUAUGGAGAGGGUACGUCAGUAUGAAAUAAGAAAGAGAUUGGAUGAAAUUUACAAAGUUGAGUUGGUCAGAAGAGUCAAGACAGUGGAAACUGAGUCAAAGGAUGGAAGAAAUAGAAAAGGGGAUGAGGAUAUUCUUCCUCUUCUUUCUCCUCGGGAGCGAACAGCUCGGCAAAUGCAUAAGGCACAACUCAGAGAUAGGCCGUCUACAGCACCAGCCACAGUGGCCGGCCGAGAUGAAGAAGACCAAGGGGAUCUGAAACCUUCAGAGAUCUAUUAUGACAAUGAUACCCAGAAAAUUUACUACAGGGUUGAUUCAAAUUUGUCUUCUAUGAAUGGCUAUCUUAAAGAUGAGACAGAAGAACUUGGUCCAUCUCCAUACACGAGAGCCUAUCCCGCCACUUACCCAGCCCCAGCCCCUCCCCCAACAGGAACCCCACGACGCUCCAGGACUGCUGGCUCUACAAGGAAAGGAGUCAAGCUUCAAAGGUAUCAUUACUUGGCCAGAACUGAACCAGCAGUUGCCCGCAGAGUACAGCUUCAAUCCUUGGCAGAAGUGACAAUGAAGUUUCUCGGUCCCAGUCUUGUGCUCACUAACAGCAUGUUUCCAGAAGACAGAUUAUCUGAAGUAAUGGUUCUACAGCAGCACUGUGGAGGAAGCACUCUGUGUGUUUUCAGAGAACUAUUGCCUCCAAACACAAUUUUUACCUUCAUCUCACGGCGCCACAGAGGUUCUCCCUUUGGUGUGACAUUUUACAUUGAUGGCAUGCAAGACAUUCGACUCAGCUGCUGUUGUGAAUACAAACACAAACCUGGUCAUAUCAUGGGGGGGAGAAAUGGUCACUUUCAGUUUGUUCUUGUUGAAGGAGCUGCCCCAUGUUACAGGUGUCAAAUUGCAUCAGCUCACAGACAUUCCAGGAAGCAUAAAGCUGAUGAUGAAGCAGACAGAUCUAAAACUUUUAUGACUGAGACAGCUAAUGAAGAAGAGGAAGAAGAACGAGCAGAGACAUUUGAUGUGAUAAUAACAAAGAUUAAAACUGAAUCGGAAGGUGAUCAGGAAGAUAGAGAGGAGGAAACAGACGAAGGUGGAAUGAUAGACAAUAGUACCCAGACCCCUCGUGAUGAGAAUAGCUCUCGGGACAAAGAAGAAGCGAUAGUUGAAGAUGAGGAGAAUACUGAAGAGAAAAAUCCUGAUGAAGGAGGUGGCGAAGGUGAAGAAUCAGGAGCUGAUGAAUAUGACGAUGAUGAGUUUGAGGAAGCCGCAGAUAAGAAAAAAGACAACGAGGAAGAAAGUGACUCUAAACAUGAAACUGAUAAAGAGGACGACAAGGAUGAUAACGAUGACGAGGAAUAUAAUGAAGACUUCGAGUCGGAUGGAGAGAAAGAGAAUAGCAAGUCCGACAGUGAGGCUGAAGAGGAUAAAGAUAGCGAAAAGGAAGAAGACGAACCUGAAGAUGAUAUUCAAGAUGAAACAGAGGAAAAAGAGGUAACUGACACCGGAAAACAAGAGGAAGACGCGGAAGAGGUUGAGGAUGAAACAGAUAAAGAAAACAAUCAUGAUGCUGGACGCCCAGCGAGUGCCACAGACUCGGAAGGAAGACAAAGCAAGAAUGUCUCGUUUGAUGAGGAUAUCACUGUCAUUGAAGAUGACCAAGAUGGAGAGAAAGGCGGGGAAGAUGAAGAGACUCCAGACGAAGUACCAGACGAAGUACCAGACGAAGAAGAAAUGCCAAACGAGCAGAAACCCGGUGCAAAUACUCCUGAGCCGGUUGACGAGGAGGCGGAAGACGUCCCUGAAUCUCCGGAACAGGAACGGGAGGACGGAGGCACUAAACCUGCCAAGGAGGAGCAUAAAGAGGAUGACCGUCAGGACCGGAAUGAUACCAUAAAAUCUCCAGAGCUCAGUGGCAGCAGCAGCAGCAGCAGCAGCAGCGACAGCAGCGACAGCAGUGACAGCAGCAACAGCGAGGAUGAAGGGGAACGAGCAGAGCGCAAGUCAACAGAGGAAAGGAAAGUGACGUCAGAAUCUGAUCAAGAUCCCGGUAGUGAUCCAGACUUAGUCUCCUCCGGACAGUUACCGGAUCAGGCUUUGAAGGCAGUUGGCGUGCAGCCUGGUGCCAAGCACGAGGGUUCAGUCAGUGCUCUGCUGGAAGGGAAAGAGGAUGUUGACAUCGCUGGCGUCGAACUUACCAAAGAACAGGUUGAAGAGGUUGCAAGCAUCAUAGACUCGCGCGAAGAGCUUGGAUCAAUCAUUCUCAGAAAUGCUUCGUUAGAUGACGAUAUGCUAGGAAUACUGGCUCCUUCUCUAAAGAACAGGCUUGAUUUAAAGAUGCUGAACUUAAGUGUGAAUGCUUUCGGACCCGAAGGUGCAAAACACCUGGCUGAAGUAAUCAGAGAGAACAAUUCAAUCAAGAUGCUGCUGUUACAUGGAAAUAAGUUAAACGAUGAAGGAGUUGGAAUACUAGUUAACGCUAUUUUAGAAACCACAGGCACGGCAAUAAUGAACCUGGACUUGGGAGGCUGUGGCAUCACGCAAGAUGGCGCCAAACAUAUCGCCAAACUGAUCGAGCAUAACCAGACGGUCUCCAUACUUACGAUCAGCGGUAACAGCAUUGACUUAGAGGGUUGGAAGAGAAUUAGCAAGGCCUUGACCACAAAUAGCACUGUGGAAACAAUUUCUCUUGACUUCAAUGAUUUAGGUGACGAGGAAGCUAUUGCCCUAGCUGAAGGCAUACACGGAUGUUCAAGCCUUAGCUAUAUUGACAUGGAGGGGAACAAAAUCGGUGACGAAGGAGCGCUAAAGAUGUUUGAAGCAGUGAAAGCCAAUAAGUCAGUUGUCGACCUUACACUCCUGCCAAUGAAUCAGAUAUCAAAAGAACUAUCUGAUGAAAUUAAGCAGUUCCUGACGGAAAGAGAAAACGAUCGUAAGAAUAAUACACGUCGGGAGGAAGAUAGUUAUGAACAAGAACAUGGAGAGAGUGCAAGUGAACGUGAAGGCGAGGAAGACAAAACAGAAAGCCAGGAAGACAAACGAGAUGGCGAGGAAGACAAACAAGAUGGCGAAGAAGACAAACAAGAUGACGCAAAAGACGAACAAGAUGGCGAGGAAGAAGAACAAGAUGGCGAGGAGGUGCACGCUGAGACGGGUGAAGUACAAGCGGAACAAGGAGAAGGAGAGAACAAUAAUGAAGGACAGCAACAACCUGGUGGGGAUCAACUGAAAGAAAGUGAUCAUCCUGCCCCUGAAAAGGAAGGCGAAGGGGAUCUUGAGGAGCGAGAGCCUGCUGCUCCUGAGGCUGAUCAACCGUCGGGUGAACUUCCUGCUGAAGAACAAGGUACAACGAAGGAUAACGAUGAUGAGCAACAGAAUGAGCCUGUAGAAAGUUCUGAGAAGGAAACGUCCCGGGAGGAUCCCCCUGAACAGGAACCGCCUGAAAGAGGACAACCUGAGGGAGAGAAAGACGAUACUACCCCUCAGGAUUCAGGAGAAUCACUCAAUCAGAGUACGAAUGACGAGGACACGCGUAAGGCAGACUCAUCAACAGAACGAGAUGCUAAAGAUCAGGAAGAAUCGGGGAAAGACAACGAAGAAGAUAAAGAACCAACAGUAGAUUCUGUGUGAUGUCUUCCUCCUACUUUGAAUUGAGAGGAAAAUUAAUCUGAUGUCGCCGUGCAAUCCGCGUCCAUCCCCUCCAUCCUAAACCAUCCGUGUUCUGUUUUGACUUUUUCUUGUCUUUGCGGUGUCUGUCUACCUUCGCCUAUUUUUAUUUCAAAGGCUUCACUGCCAUGUUCAUCAUUUUCAAUGGUCGAACAAAACAACCCGAAAGAACGUAUUGUAGCUCUAUUUUCUUACAGUUUUAUUAUAAAUGAAUUAGCUGUAAUGCGAGUAGAGUAGGUUUAGACAGGGCCAUUGUUUAAGUUUUAUUUACUUUUGAGAGUUUAUCCCCUUUUCUCUUCCCUCCGUUACAUACCAUUAAUGAUCAUUAAUGAGUCACAAUUGAUCAAUUUAAGACUGUCGUAUGACGAACCAUAGGACAGUUACAAGAUUGAAUUCUCUCCCCCCUUCCCUCGCGUUUGGACAGAAAUUCCGCCGUUAAAUGCGGAACUGCUCUUUUUACCAACCCCCCGCCACCCUUCUUUUUAUGUGCUGAAAAGAAUUUCGUUAGCGUUACGGUGUUAUUUUUUUUUCUAUACAAUACCGAGUGAUAAUGUAAAUGUUUUAGGGAAGACCGUGUUAUUUUUCCUCAGUGAUUAGUGACAAAGUUUUAAGAAAAGUAAAGGAUCAAAGGACAGCUAGUGUCAGACAGUUGGCUCAACAGCCCGUAUACGAAAAUGGGAAAUCUGUCAAAAUUGUACAUAAAACAUUUCAUGUGACUUUAUCUGACCAUAUGAGAAUACACAAUUGUUAUAUCGUGAAUCACCCAGAAAUACUUCACGCCAAUAACACACCGAUUAACUCCAAUUUGGACUCUGCGCUCGGAGAGAGUUUUUCACUAUACCAGCGAUUUUCGAAUGCGACAGAUGUAAAAAUAGAAAAUUCUUAAAUUUCGUUGUAAAUAUUAUUUGAGAAAACAAAAAGUUGAAUGGGCACCUUAGCUCUCAAAUAAAGCAGUUUGUUUUUACAACUGUGCCUCGCCAAUUUAUUUAACUUAACAAAUGAGAGGAGCAUAGAUUACUGCGAUUUUUUUGUUUGUUUGCUUUUCUUGUUUUAUAUUUGGUUUAGAACGCCCUCUUACAUUAAGCCUUUCUUUAAGGUGAAGGUUCAGAGCCAUGCCCUCCAGAUGGCUUAAAUUGGCCGUUUUCAGAGACAAGAACCACAGUGCACAAAAUUACAGAGAAAGCACAGUAUUACAUGUAAUAUCCAUUGAAGUACUCGACAAUUACUGCGGUAAAAUAAGAUAUCAAACACUUUUACCAACAGCGAGGGAAUAAUUAUUCUGGUAUGUACCAACGGACAAUAACCAACGGAAUAACCGACGGACCCGACAGUUAUUUUAUUUCUUACAACAAGCCGCCACGCGAUGCCAACUAACGGCAAGUAUGUCUCAUUUUCCUUCGGAGUAGACCUAGUUGUUGUUUUUUUUUUUUGUUUGUCUUUUUUUUCAGCUGCACGGAUGUUAUUUCUUCAAUUACGUUCUUAUUUUAUUACAUUUUUCUCCACUUAAAAACAAUACAUUCUUUUUUGUCUCAUGCUCACUGCAAAAAACGACAAACACUUUUUCUCUUUUCCAUUGAUGACAGCACAAUUUUAUCAUCUUUAGUAACCGCUUCUGUGAUGUUAGAAAUUGGGACAAUCACAAUCUAAGCAAAUGACUUGUUAGGCCCAAGUUUCUCUGAUAGCAGGUGAAUUCUAUAGAAUUUUUUUUAAUAUUAGUGAUCAUUACAAGAAAAGAACAUGGAUAUGUUUAAAAAAAAA